AUUAUGAUAGUUGCUGUUAUGGUUGUAUCGAGAGUGCCUCAGCACAGUGACGUGUGCCAUGCGUUGCAGGAACUAUUACCUUAGCGAUCGUGAAGGUCCUCCCAAGGAGUAGCGAGCCGUGUUGACGAGGCGAGUGUCCAGCGCCUGAGGAGCGUGCGUAAGUGAAUCGAAUUGAACCUCAGUGGCGCUGCUGUGACCGAGUUGAACCCUGUGACACUGAGGCCCCCGAGUGAGCCAGGUUGAGCUGGGCGCGGCGCCCCACGCCCACGCCAUGGACUAGCCGGGAGGCGAUGUGAGCCCCGCGAGCGCCCGCUCGUCUUCGUCCGCGGGAUCGCCUCCUGCUGGCGUCCUCCUGGGACCCUCCCGCGCGUCUUUCGGGGCCCCUCCUGCAGCGGGGCCCCGCCUUCCCCGCUCCCUGCCUCGGGGGCAUGAUGGAGAGCCUGGAGUUCCGCGAGAAGCUGCUGUACCCGGGCAUCACGCCCACCAUCCACUGCCACACCUGCAAGCGGCAAGGCAAGCGGCGGGCGGCGAGGCCUGUGUCCUCCCCGCCCGCACCCGCCUCCGCCGCGGGUCUUCUCCUCAACGGCGAGCCACACACCAAACACAGUGAAGAACAGAAUGAAAAUGGCGAGUUGGUCAAGCUCAGCGAGGAGUCGCUCAUGCGGCAGCCGGAGGAGGUUUUCGACAUCAUCUGCAAACUGGGCGAGGGGUCCUAUGGUAGUGUAUAUAAGGCCUUACACAAGGAAUCAGGGCAGGUGCUGGCCAUCAAACAGGUGCCCAUUGACACAGACCUUCAAGAAAUCAUAAAAGAAAUAUCUAUAAUGCAGCAGUGCGAUUCUCCUCAUGUCGUCAAAUAUUAUGGUUCAUAUUUCAAAGACUCAGAUCUAUGGAUCGUGAUGGAGUACUGUGGUGCUGGGUCUGUGUCAGACAUCAUGAGACUAAGAAAAAAGACUCUCAAUGAAGAGGAGAUCGCGACCAUUAUCUACGACACGUUGCGCGGUUUAGAGUACCUCCACCUGAGACGGAAGAUUCACAGGGACAUCAAGGCGGGAAAUAUCCUCCUCAACACUCAGGGUCAUGCCAAGCUAGCAGACUUUGGGGUCGCAGGUCAACUCUCGGACACAAUGGCCAAAAGAAACACUGUGAUAGGCACUCCUUUCUGGAUGGCCCCAGAAGUAAUUCAGGAAAUAGGUUAUGACUGUGUAGCUGAUAUAUGGAGUUUAGGUAUAACAGCAUUAGAAAUGGCGGAGGGGAAGCCCCCUUAUGGUGACAUUCACCCUAUGCGUGCCAUAUUCAUGAUCCCCACUAAGCCACCGCCAUCAUUCCGAGAGCCCGACCAGUGGCAACCCGAGUUCAUUGACUUCGUGUCCAGAUGUCUAGUGAAGAACCCCGAGGAGAGAGCGACGGCAUCCAAGCUCCUCCAACAUCAAUUCAUUCGUGGUGCUCAGCCGGCCAGCAUUCUAAGGAACAUGCUGGAGGAGGCAAUGGAGAUCCGUGAGAAUCAGAAUUCCAACCGGCAGAACCAAAUCAAGCAUAUCACGGAAUCGUUGUCGCAACAGCAGUCCCCUCAGCUCCAAUUGCCGGGAAUGAGCACACAAGCUGAGCAAGACAACAAAAACAAUGAGCACAACCAAACCCACCAUCAGCACCACCCCAACCUGGCUAAUAAUGAGAUCCAGGACGAUGAUGAAGUGGACAGUCGGACGAUGGUCAGGUAUAGUGCCGGUGGGGGUGACAGUGGCACCUUGCGCCCUGCCAACAAUGAGGGCACUCUGAUGGCGCCCCUGCAGUCUGGUGGCACACUCGUCUCACCGUUAGACUCAGCGACGCUCUCCUCAGACCUCGGGACAAUGGUCAUCAACUCUGACAAUGAAGAUGAAGACGAGGACUCCACGAUGAAGAGGCAUGACACCGCUCCUGGUGAGCAGAGCAAGAAAUACAGGCCUUUGUUCCUUGACCAUUUCGAUAAAAAAGAACAAGAAAAGAGGGCAAGAAGUAAAGGUUCGAAGGAUAACUCUCCGCUGGAGCAGUUGGCGCCGCAGCAAUACGUUGGGACGGGCCGACCUAUUGUUACACAACAGCACCCGACGUCACAAUCAUCGCAGUUGCCUUUAGAAGAAAAACAAUUACUACAACAGCCUCAGCACUCACAGCAGCAGCAGCCACAGCCCAGCACAGUGCAUCACCAACAGCAUCAACAACAACAACAAAUACAGCUACAACAACAGCAGCAACAGGUGCAAAACAGCCAGGCCUUCGAGGACCAGCAAGGUGGAGACGGCACAAUGGUUUAUUCUCCAACGGCGCUAAUACACUCGCAGCCGAAGCCCAUGUCGGCCGAGGAGCAACAGAAGUUCGAGUGCUCAAAUUUGGAAGAAGAACAAAAUAAUCUACAGAGACAGUUAGUUCAGAUGAACAAACCCGCCAAUCACCAGCCGCUGCCGUCUCGGGGUGUUGCAGCCGAGAAUCAACCCAAGUUCCAGAGAUCCUUCAUUGAUGGCGACUUUGAUUUUCUCAAAAACCUGACUUAUGAAGAAUUACAUCAGCGGAUGGCUACUCUAGACCAAGAAAUGGAACGGGAAAUUGAUGAGUUGCGUCAGCGCUAUCAUGCUAAACGACAACCUAUCCUUGAUGCUAUGGACCAGAAAAGGAAGAGACAGCAGAAUUUCUAGCAGAAUUGUGCUCUUUAUAUCUUUUAUAAUAUGACAUGUGCCGUAAACUUUUAAAAGAUGUAAAUUUGAAAAUGAUAUUCGACUCGCCAAGAAAGAGAGUGGAUACACAUAACAAGUUAAAGUUAAGAUGAUGAUGGUGGCUAAGAAGUUGGGAGAAAUACCAAACACAGAUGCCAAGCAUAUCUGCCUGAUAUGAGGUCACUGUGCAAUGUGUGCCAUUUGAUUCAUAUCCCUGCUUAGUGCAAGCACUGCCUGUCGUAAGAAAUGGAAUGAGUUCAACAGAAGUCAUUCAAAUGAUCUGACCUUGAUGUCCAAAGGAGGACUGGGAGUGCACCGGUUGCCAAUUAUACUAAAGAUUGCUUGUGGAUCGUCAUCAGCCAUUGUAUGGAAAGAUGAGUGCUGCCUGCCCAUGGCCAGCAUGAGAUGGUUAAACCUACUUGAUAUGUGAAAAUAUAAAAAGCGUAUUAGUUUUGUGGACGAGAUACUCACGGACUUGCUCGUUGUGACCCCAAGCUGUGAGCUGACCAUCAGAGCAGGGCGUUGCUGGUCAUCACUCCUAGAGAGCUCAAGAUUUGUCAUGUUUAUAUGAAUUUUUUUUUUUUAUUCAUUUGCCUUCCUUGAUUAAUGCUACAUAUAUAUCUGUGAACCUCAUGGUCUAGAAAGCAAAGAAGUGGCUGUCAGACUUAAUUAAAGACAUAUUGUGAGGAAAUAUUUUGAGAAAUGGUAGUGUAAUAUAAUUUUUUUGUUUGCUAUUAAACAUCUGAUUCAUGUCUUCCUGUCUUGUUUAAUAGGUAGUGCAGAGGUUGCCUACUUGCCAGGCCAUGCAUUCAGUGCCUAUUCACUGUUGUGUGGAUGGUCCCUGUACAUGGCUGUUUUGAGUUCUCUACACAGCUUUGUAUCUGGAACUGUAUGCAGCAGCAUGCCCCAUCUCAGCCCAAAGCUUUUGUUUAGGCUGUACAUUACUGUGUUGUGCUGUUUGGGCAGCGCUGUGUGGGUAGUCUCUGUAUGCAGGUUUGUCUGUGGGCGCCAACCACUGCCAUAACUCUCACGCUGGGAGGCUCGUGCCAAGCUUCUCUUCCAUCUGAUUUUUCUACAGGUUUUGACUACACUGUUUGCAGUGUUGAAUAUUGUAGUUUGUACUUAUUCCUUUUUGGUGUUCAUUUUAUAUGCUGUGGUGAGAGGGAGAGAGCAAGAGAGAGCGUAAGAGAAGAAAAAGGUUCAAGAACUGUCCAUAUUCAGAGAUAAUUUAUGCAUUCAGAUAAGGUUUUCCAGUCAUUAGUUGUAAGUUUUAUUGUAGAUCCUCAAUUUGUUUGCCAAAAUCUGAUCAUCCAUGAAAAAGAGGAAGAAGGAAAGUCUUGGAAGUCUUGGUGCAUAAGAGGUGACUGCACGCUGGCCGUCAGCUUCUUCUGCCAGACAAGAAACCUUGGAACAACAUUUUUGGUGUGGAUGUUGCCAUAUCUCUAACUUGUAUCUGAAUGUACAUAAUUAUUCUUUCUUUUUUAUGACUUCUGAAAAAGAAAAACAAAAAAACUUAGGGAGUGAAUUGACUUUCAUACAUAUCUUGAGAUGGCCUUAAUGCUGGGGUCCGACUGAACGUUCAAAGGCUUGCACGUAAGUUCAAAAAGUUUUGUCGAGAAAGAGGGCAUUAGUGAUGGUCUGAUCCUUGUGUAGUUAGAGGAGGUCUUGUGAAUGAUGAUGUGACAGUAUGUACUAUUACAGCUUUUAAACAAUGAUGCAUUCCUUUCUUUUCAUGUUCACAUAUUGCAUUUUACAUUUUUUACUGUAGGCCCCUCCCUUUUUUUUUUUUUUUUUUUAAAUCCUAGAUAGGUUAAUGUAACCAAUAACUGUGCUAAUAGAAUUUUUUUUUUCUCAUUUUAUCAUACUAAUUUGAGUAUUUUAUUUUUGUGUGUGGUGUUCACCUUUCUUUCCAUGUAUAGAUGACUGUACAGCAUCCUCUCGUUUAUUUAUUAACUGGACAGGUAUCCUUAUUCUAUAAUUUUCUUUGUCUUUCUUUUCCUUUUUGUGCAAAACUUUACUUUAACCAACAUUUUUCAUGGAUUG